CUUUUAAAGAAACAGUGCAUUAGAUUCGCCGCACACAUAGCAUAUAAAGUUGACGGAAACUGGAAUGACGCGUACUUCCUGGUUUCAGGUGAGGCUCGCGCAGGUGUAAACAGACAAAAACUGCGCUCAAUCACAGCUAUAAACAACACUUCAGAUGCUCAACUGGGUUUUAUGAAGGAUUCAGAGGCGACCGGGUGUUGUUUUCAUCCUUAAGAGGAAGUGUAUGGACAUUAAUAUUGUAGAUAACCCUCCUACUAAAUUGUCAAGAGAACCACGAUGUAUGAGAACGUACCAACAGUGUCUGCUUCGGAGCGGCAGCAGGUGCUCCAGGCUCUGGAAAGGCUGCAGUCGAAGCUGGUUCAGAGGGAAGAGUGGACUCACAGCGACAGACUCGGCACACUGAAAGAAGCCCUGCAGAGCCCUCUGUUCAGCCACAUCCUCACCCUGCAGCACUCUGUCAAGCAGCUCAAAGACCAGUUGAACAGUUUGCCUCCGGACACAUGCAGCGAGUUCAGUUUCUCCAGGAAGGGUCAGCUGAUCGUCAGUGCCAGUCGGCCGUCCAGUAGUCUGGGAUCAGUUCUGUCCAAUGGCACGGCUUUAACUAACGCCUCUUCUGAGCAGCUUCAGAGGUGGAUACAGGCAGCUGCAAAGGGCCGCAAGACGGAGCUCAUCAGCCUGCAGAAGCCGCUGUCUGGAGGCCUGGGCUUCAGUGUGGUGGGUCUGAGACCAGAGGGGGUUGGAGGUCAUGGUGUCUUUGUCCGACAGGUGCAACCAGGGAGCGUCGCAGACAGGGAUGGGAGGCUGCUGGAGAAUGAUCAAAUUCUGGCGAUUAACGGGAUUCCUCUGGAUCAGAGCGUGACGCAGCAGCAGGCUAUUGCUCUCCUGCAGCAGCAGAAAGACAGAGUGGAGCUGGUGGUGGCCAGAGACACCGCGCUCAAACCACGACUCUCUGCAUCUGCACCAAUUACGACGGAUCAGUGGGGACACGUGGAGGAGAUCGAGCUGGUGAAUGAUGGAUCCGGUCUGGGAUUUGGGAUUGUCGGUGGAAAGACGACAGGGAUGGUGGUCAGAACCGUGGUGCCAGGCAGCGUUGCAGAUAAGGACGGGCGUCUGAGGACAGGUGACCACAUCCUGCGCAUCGGGGACACCAUGACUCGAGGUCUGGCAAGUGAUCAGGUGGUGCAGGUGCUGCAGGCCUGCGGUGCUCAUGUGCGGAUGCUGAUCGCUCGAGAACCACUGGGGGCCAAACAGCCUGCACCUCCACCGGCCCCUGCCAUGGGCCCUGUCAGCUCCCUGCCUCCUCCACCACCUGUGCCAGCCCGCAGAGCCAGCAGAACGCCAAAUUUGGAGGGCUUCGAAAUCCAUGAAGUGGCCUUGAAGAAGGAAGGCCAGAGUCUGGGCAUCUCCAUAAUCGGCCACAACGCUUUGACCAGUGAGGACGCGGUCGGGGUCUAUGUGAAGAACGUGAUUCCAGGCAGCAUCGCAGAACAAACCGGCAAAAUCCAAAUCCACGAUAGGAUCAUAAGUUUGGAUGGUGUAAAUCUCCAGGGAUACAACAAUCAGGAAGUGCUGGAGGUGAUGAAGCAGUCAGGUGAUGUCGUUCACCUCACUCUUGUUAGGAAGAUCAUCUCGCCCAAGAGGACGACCAUGGAGAAGUCACUUGAUAAAGUCCAGAGAGAGUCGUCGCGUGUGUCUCUGAAGAGAUCGUCUGAGAUGAAGGCUCGAGCGGAUCAGAGGGGAUCUGUGGUGGAGUCUAUAGACCCUGCUCUGAGUGGGAUCAAACAGCAGCUGCAGGCCAACAUGCAAGAGCCGGCCUCGCUGACGGAGAUGGAGCUUCGCGCUAAAUGGGAGCAGGCUCUUGGUCCACAUUACGAUGUUAUGAUUGUACAGCUUGACCCGGUCAUAGAAGAUGAUAUUGAGCUGCAGAAGUACUCCAAGCUUCUCCCAAUACACACAAUGCGUUUGGGUGUGGAAUUAGACUCCUUUGAUGGACACCACUACAUUUCCACGGUGGCUCCUGAGGGCCCGGUGGCAAAACAUGGACUUCUUCGACCAGAGGAUGAACUUCUGGAGGUGAAUGGUGUGCAGCUGUAUGGGAAGUCUAGACGAGAGUCUGUAGCUUUCCUUAGAGAAGUUCCUACUCCAUUUACUUUGGUUUGCUGCAGACGACUUGCUAAAGAGGACAACGAAUAUCACCCUGAAUCUGAAGACUGGCACUCAUCCAGCUUACAGGAGCAGAUUGAGCAUAACCUCUCCAUGUUGGCCAGAGAUACAAGUCUACGCGACAGCAUUAGGGAAGAGUUUCAGGCCCGUCAGGCUUCGGCAGUAGAGCGGGAGGUUGACGAUGAAGGAGAGCCCCUAGAGCCAAUCAGCCCUGAGAAAGAGCAGAUGGACCAGGAGAAUGAUGAUGACGACGAAGAGGAAGAGGAGGAGGAUGAAGGAGAACUAGCUCUAUGGUCUCCAAAUGUGCAAGUGUUAGAACUAGAGAAAGCAGAGCGAGGUCUUGGCUUCAGUAUACUAGACUAUCAGGACCCUAUGGAUGUUGCACGCUCUGUGAUCGUCAUCCGCUCUCUGGUGCCUGGAGGGGUGGCCGACAAUCAUGGUGGGAUUUUCCCCGGUGACCAGCUGGUUUUUGUCAAUGACACCCAUCUAGAAACAUGCUCUCUGGCCCAGGCUGUUGAGGUCCUCAAAUCUGCUCCACCUGGAAAGGUCUACCUUGGCAUCAGGAAGCCUCUGGCGGCAGAAGACAGAGGUAGUGGACAGCAGUCCUUGUGGCCUGUAGAGAGCGUCGAUGAGCAGCCAACAGCAAAGCAGGCCGUCAGCCACACUCUUCCACCGAUGCCAGAGGACUUUGUAAACGGCUCCAUUUUAUCUGACGACCUGGAUGAGGAGCCAGAGCUGAUCCUGGACGCAGAGCCGCGCUACGCCUCUCCCCUCACCACUGUUGACCUCCAGCCUGACGUAGAGAAAGAGAUGGCUGUGGAUGAGGAGGAGGAAGAUGUAGACGUGAAUGUCAUGGAGGACCAGCAGAGCUCUAAGGUCAAUGACACCAGUCUGCCUUCAUAUCUCAGUGAGAAGAGUCGCUCCUGGGAAGAACCAGCAACAUCCAGCCGCUACCAUCUCAACACAGAGCCUGAUUUACAAGAACAGGUGGACGACGAUCUUUCCAUGAAUUUGGAGAAGAUUCAACUGCAGCCAUUGAAAAUUCCUCUCGGUCAUUUUACUUCAUGGGUGGAGACAGCAGAUAGUGAUUCAGACUCCAGAAAUGAGGGAUCAGAACUUACUUUGACGGACACUGAUAAUGAGUCUGCGCAACGGACUUCCUCUCGCAACAAGAAGAGAAGAAACCAGGCUGGUCCAACUAGAGGUGAUCUUCCAGAAAGAGAGGAAGGAGAAGGUGAAGAGACGCCAGUGUUCAGCCAUUGGGGUCCUCCACGCAGAGUGGAGGUGUGGGCAGAGCCGGAGGAGUCUCUGGGCAUCAGUAUAGUGGGCGGCCGCACCGUUAUAAAGAGGUUGAAGAACGGAGAGGAGCUGAAGGGCAUUUUCAUCAAACAGGUGCUAGCAGAUAGUCCAGCUGGACGCACCGGUGCCCUCAAAACUGGAGACAAGAUCCUACAGGUUUCCGGAGUGGAUUUGCAGAACGCCAGCCAUGAGGAGGCAGUGCAGACCAUCAAAGCAGCUCCGAGCCCCGUGGUCUUCAUUGUGCAGAGCCUGUCCUCCACUCCACGGCCUGUUUCAGUCACAGCCUCUAGCAUUAAACAGCACAAGGCUAAGAGAAAAGCUGCACAGAAAGCAGGACAGGGUGCUGCUCCUCCACCCAUGCGUCUCCCCCCACCCUACAGACCCCCUAGUCAAGUUCAGGAGGAGGAGCAUGAGCAGGAGGAGGAGGAUGAGCAGGAUACAGAGGUGAUCAGGCAGAGGUACGCGGACCUGCCAGGAGAGCUGUUGAUCGUGGAACUGGAGAAAGAUCGCAAUGGUUUGGGCCUCAGUCUGGCUGGGAACAGGGAUCGUUCCUGUAUGAGCAUCUUCGUGGUGGGAAUCACCACUGGUGGGCCGGCCAGCCGCGAUGGACGCAUCAAAGUGGGCGACGAGCUGUUGGAGAUAAACAGCCAGGUGUUGUAUGGCAGGAGCCACCAGAAUGCAUCGGCCAUAAUAAAAAGUGCUGCGUCAAAGGUCAAACUCGUCCUGGUCAGGAACGAAGAUGCCAUCAAUCAAAUGGCUGUUACUCCUUUUCCUUCUCAACCUGCCCUGUUCUCCUCCAGUGAGACACAUGAAAACCCUCCAGCAGUUCCAGCAGAGAAGCCGCAGUUACCCGAAAGCCUUCCUCUGAGCAGAAGCCCCCCUGAGAACACGCUCAACAAGGAUCAGGCCUGCGUGACGGCGACCGCAAGCUCAGAUCCCACACACAAGAGCCUCACAGAUGGAGAAUCGGCCGUAAAGAAGCUGAAACCUGCAGAGAAACUCCUGGAGUCUCCAAGCGAACAGUCGGCCAAACCUCAAGUAGAGCAGAUCCCCAGUCUUCCAAAACUCCAGAGGAGCUCCACUAAACCCUCAGCAGGAUCUCUGGAGGUCACAUCCUCCGCAUCAUCUGUGCCAGUUUCUGGCACCAGCCCUGACUUUGAGUACUGCAGCAAAGAUCCCGCUACAUGUCCAAUAGUUCCAGGACAAGAGACGGUUAUAGAGAUUUCUAAGGGCCGGUCUGGUCUGGGUCUUAGUAUAGUCGGCGGGAAAGAUACUCAGCUGGAUGCGAUCGUGAUUCAUGAAGUGUAUGAGGAGGGAGCAGCGGCGCGGGACGGACGACUCUGGGCCGGUGACCAGAUUUUAGAGGUGAAUGGAGUGGAUUUGCGCAGUGUGGCUCAUGAAGAUGCAAUCGCUGCUCUACGGCAAACACCACCCAAAGUCCGGCUGACUGUCCUGCGGGACGAGGCGCAGUACAGAGAUGAGGAAAACCUGGAUGUCUUCCCUGUCGAACUUCAAAAGAAAACUGGACGUGGACUGGGGCUGAGCAUCGUCGGCAAGAGGAAUGGUAAAGGUGUGUUCAUCUCUGAUGUGGUGAAGGGAGGUGCGGCUGAUCUGGACGGUCGACUCAUGCAGGGCGAUCAGAUCCUGUCCGUGGACGGAGAAGACAUGAGACAGGCGUCACAGGAGACAGUCGCUGCCAUUCUCAAGUGCGCCAGGGGAAAGGUGCUGCUGGAGUUGGGCCGACUGAAAGCUGCAUCCUGGAUCUCUUCCAGACGCACCUCACAGGGAAGUCAGAUGAGCCAUGCGAGUGGCAGCAGUAGCACUCCAACACCUACACCCCCUACUGUGGCCCCACCCCCUUCUCAAACCCCAAACAACAACAGCCGAAACAUUGCCGAACCCAUAAGCAAAAGCACAGUGACAGAGCCAGGUGUCCGUACAGUGGAGAUCACGCGGGGUCCCACAGAUGCUCUGGGCAUCAGUAUAGCGGGUGGUAAGGGCAGUCCACUAGGUGACAUCCCCAUCUUUAUCGCCAUGAUCCAGGCCAAUGGUGUGGCUGCCAAGACACAUCGCCUCAAAGUAGGUGACAGGAUUGUGAGCAUCAAUUCUCAAUCUCUGGAUGGCUUGACUCAUGCGGAUGUAGUAAAUAUGCUGAAGAAUGCUUACGGCGCCAUCAUCCUUCAGGUGGUGGCUGACACCAACAUCAGUGCCAUAGCUAGUCAGGUGGAGAGUCUUUCCAGUAGCUCCGCCCCCAGCACCAACCCAGAGGUCCGAUUGGUGGAACCCGAGACGCCCAAGCCGAAGAGCAUCACUCUAGAGAAAGGUUCCGAGGGCCUGGGCUUCAGUAUUGUCGGUGGAUUUGGGAGUCCUCAUGGAGAUCUUCCCAUCUAUGUUAAAACAGUCUUCGGCAAGGGGGCAGCAGCAGUGGACGGGCGUCUGAAGCGCGGAGACCAGCUCCUGUCGGUCAAUGGAGAGAGUCUGGAGGGCGUCACACACGAGCAGGCUGUGGCCAUAUUGAAGAAGCAGAGGGGAAGCGUCACACUCUCCGUCCUCACCUAACAAACACUACAAUCACUGAAAACACACACACACAUGUCCGAAAGAGACUCUUUGAAUCCACAAAGUCAUCUCGCCCUGUUACUGUUCGUGCAAACAUCAAUGCGAAGUGUGAUCAUAAAGGGAAAUUCUUGUGC